GUUGAUUAAAAAAGAUGAUCAUGAAGUGAGUGUACCAGAAAUGACAUCCAGGGAAAUCAUGAUUACUCCUGGGCAAAAACUGAAAGUGACAGCUGAGAAGUCGGCUGACUGGAUGGCUUCUCCUAUGGUACUUGUGUUCUGCACUCCUGAUGUGAAAAUCCAGUCCAGAGCAACGGUAUUAUCAAGGUCAGCAGAGACAAAUGAACUGCCUCUUCCCAGUCAUGCAGGAACACCACGGUUUCCAGAAUUUGAAACAAGAUGGCUAAAAACGGAAGCUAAGGUAAAGCAGGAGAAAAAGACUGAGUCUGUGACAAAGAAUGAUGCAAGAGAGAAACAGUAUGUAAAAGGUAGCAUUCCUUUUACUCUGAGCUCUGACGAGUAUCUUAAACAUUUUGGAGACCCUUCACCUCCCCAAAUAAAACACUAUGACCAGUUACUCAAUACUCCUCCGCCUCCAGAAAUAACAAGGAUACCAGAUGAUGUUCUACAGAUUCUGUCCAAGUAUAAUCAUAAAGUAGACUCUUCUAAAGCCAAGGAAACAGAGACCAAAGCAGGAAAUACAAGAUAUGAAAGUGAUUUCACUGAUUACUGCAACAAAGAGAACAG